GAUAUGAUUCUGCAGUUUUACAAGUCACAUGCAUCAUCAAUUCACAUCAUUCAGAAGUUUCAGUACACUCUGAUCAAACUAAUUCACUGCGAAAAAUCUCAUUAUGGUUGGUUAUAUUGACUUAUCAUCCUACUCUGAUCCUCAAAUUCACUUUCACAAAGUCUCAAAACACGAUUUUCAGAUAAAGAGGUUACGCAGAUCUCGAGGCGGACAUUUUGAAUAAGUGUACGAUGAUGCCCCAUCAAAUUUAUGCGAAGCAGAGUGUACCAGGGAAAGGUCUAGGUCUCAUUGCCACCGUAGAUAUUCCUAGGGGCACUCGAAUUCUUUCCGAGUCUGCAUUGAUUUUAGGACCAAAAUUACCCGGGGAAAAUCUUAGAACUUGCCUCUGGAAGCAAUGGUCUACUCUCAGUCGUCAGCAGCGAGAGGAUUACACUUCCUUUGGUCAUAUGGGCCCAUGCACAAAUGACACUGAACGGCUAUGUGCGAUUUAUAACACAAAUUGUCUGCCUUUGGAAGGAACUUGUAUUUUGGAACCCGGCAAUACAGACAGAUCUCAAAAGCGACACAAAAGAGGCGGACUUUUCCCCGACGCAUGUCGUAUCAACCAUGCUUGUGACAGGAAUGCAGGAACGCACUGGAUUGAGAGUAGCCAAAAAAUCGCCGUCACAGCUCUGAAAGACAUCUCCAAAGACGAGGAAAUUACGAUAAACUAUCUUGGUCUCAAUAAGCCCCGCAGAGCUCGACGCGCCAGUCUUCAGACACAUUUUGGAUUUGAUUGUUCAUGUGGUCUCUGCUCCUUGUCCUCACGAGAGAGCAAGAACAGUGACAGGAGAUUGAGUGAAGUACUAAAGUUGUCACUAUUUAUUUUUGGUCGCAUCGCAGAGAGUAGACGUACAAGGCCGUUACGGGAACUUCGUGAAUUUGAUCAACUCAUCCGUCUUCAUAAUGAGCAGGAAACCGGUAUUGCCGAUGUGGGGCGAAUCUAUGUGGGCAUCGCUGAGAGGGUUCUCAAAUAUAGCGAUCUGGCCAGAGGAAAGGUUUUCGCGGAGAGGGCAAUAUCCGACUUCAAAAUAGUCUAUGGCAGUGACUGUAUAGAAAUACAGAAAUGGGGGUACUUACUUGAAAAUCCCACCGAAUACGAACUUUUUGGGCAUUCAAAGGCAUGGAAAGCAACCGUCGAUGAAAUACCCACUGCUCUUUCUCCCGAAAAAUUCGAAGACUGGCUAUGGAAAAGACAGCUAGUAAGUUCUGUGGAACGGAUAGUCGACUUUCGAAGCCGCGCCACUUUCCCACCAAUUAGUCAUUUGCCCUUCUCAAGCAACAGCGACUACUACGAGAUCAAUGAAAGUUCUUGUUCCAGGGCACGAAAUCAUUGGUGUUUCUUUGGCGAGAUCACUCAUAAGACUAAGUUUGGAAAAUCGUCGUUGGCAGUUAAAGAUGUUGAUGGCGAAGAUAUCAAACUUGCAUUCGAAACCGAGGAAAAGGGAGGAGAAUUGCCACCAAAUAAGAUUGAAUUAGGAUACACAGUUGCGAUCAUCAAUGCAAGACCCCACAAGUUUCCGAUUGGAGAUAAAAACUAUGGUGGGAAGAUUGGUGUUCUUCAUGGUGAUGAACUCUGUUUGAAGAUCUUUCCAAUUUCUCUAGAAGAGCUAUUUGGUUUGAACGAUCAAAUUCAAGAAUUUUCAAUAGAAAAGAAUGGUCAAAGAAUGUGUCAUGGAUGUCAGAACAAAUCAGCCUCGCUGGCCAAGUGCCAAAAAUGUUCAAUGUUCUGGUAUUGCAGUAGGGCUUGCCAAAUAAUUGGAUGGAAUCAGAACGGACAUCAAGAUGUUUGUGCAUUUUUCAGGAAACAACCUGAUUUGAAAAGAAUGUUUCUUCUUGAUUGGGAGAAAUAUGAUAUUCGUGUUCAGUUUCCCCUGCCAACUUAGAUAAGUAGGUAUCUAAUAAGUAUUGAGGAGAAUACCAAGCAGAAUAGCAUCGUGAUGAAUUAAGAAGUAAACUGGACGAAGGAGCAAAGGAAUCAUUUUCAUCAAAUUAGGGACUUUUGAAUAUUAAAUUCUAGGAAUAGCUUGGUCAAAUACGCUUUUCUAUCGUUCUUAUGGGUUCUAACCCAAAUCAGUUAUCUGCACCCA